CAAGGGCGUGUGAGUGUAAAGGGUGUCAGACAGGAAACGUGUGGUCAGAGAGAAGUUCGGCCAGGAAGGGGAAAAGUGAACUGCUCACACAGCUGGUUCCUGCCAGAGGAAACCGUCACGGCGGCUAUCACGUCCUGCAGGGCUAUUACCUACCCCUGGGAAACAAGAGCUUACACAGAGGGAUCGGAGAACGCCCACAUACCCAGACUCGCCCUCUCUACACGCCGUCCGAGCUUAACAUGGCAAACAGACCCCUGUGUACUGCUAUCAAAGUUCUCAGGCCCUAUCAGGGAGGGAGAGAUAGACAGAAAGUGAGAGCGAGCGAGAGAAAGAUAGAGAGAGAGGGUGGGAAGUAACUGUCGUGAAGGAGGAGUUGCUCUUUAGGUCCACUCUGCUGUCAUAGUCGUUCAGAUGUGAAGAACCACUCUGCUGUUUCCUAUGAACCGAUAUAUAAAUAUAUAUAUAUAAUUUUUUUUUUAUAUUUUAUAUUUUAAAGUGAGACUUGUUUACAAAGACAGGAAAAGUGUGGAAUUUUGUCAGGCUUGGAUAUAAAGUUCACACUGUGCUGAAUCUCCUCCAAAGGCUUUGAGGAUCAAAGUGGAGGAAUGUACGAGAUGACUUCAGCACUUCACAGAGACAGGUACAAAAGGACUGGGAGCAGGAGGCAUUCCUCAUCUUCCGCUUCUUCGCUCUCCCGGGUUCUGAUGUCUCCGAGAGUAGCCACGGUAAUGCUGACGAGCCCAAGAGGCACAUCAGAAAAACGCCACGUGCAUCAGCUGGCACUGUCCUCACACACGCAGAGGAGACGGAACGCUGGUAGCACUGAAACAAAGCACGGAACAAUGCCAGAUUCACCAGCCGAUGUGAAAACCCAGCCCAGGUCGACUCCGCCUACAAUGCCACCUCCACCACCUGCAGUGAGCCAGGCAGCCAAUCGCAAUGCGUCAUUCACGCCUACUACCAUGCUGAACGGGAGCAGCCACUCGCCAACCGCGCUUAACGGAGCACCGUCCACCCCCAACGGCUUCAGCAAUGGGCCGGCCGGCUCGUCCACAGCGGCGCUGCCCACACAGCAGCUCCCGCCGGCGUGCGGAGCGCGGCAGCUCUGCAAACUCAAACGCUUCCUCACCACCCUGCAGCAGUUCGGCAACGACAUCUCACCCGAGAUAGGGGAGAGGGUGCGCAGCCUGGUGCUCGGACUCGUGAAUUCGACUCUCACCAUAGAGGAGUUUCACUCCAAACUGCAGGAGGCCACCAACUUCCCUCUUCGACCCUUUGUCAUCCCCUUUCUCAAGGCCAAUCUGCCCCUCCUGCAGAGGGAGCUGUUGCACUGUGCCCGUCUGGCCAAACAGACCCCCGCUCAGUACCUGGCACAGCAUGAGCAGCUGCUGCUGGACGCCAAUGCCAACUCGCCGCUCGACUCCUCGGAGAUCCUCCUGGAGCUCAACGAGCACGGCAAGAGGAGAACGCCAGACAGGACCAAAGAGGCAGGAGGAGAGAGGGAAACCUUGCACAACGAGCACAUGGCCAAACGGCCAUGUACAGUAAGCCCGAGUCAGCGCUUCAGUCCAAGCAGCGGCAUCGCGGCCCACGCUCCUCCCAACGGCCUGCCCGCUCACCCCCCCAAUGGCCUGGCCCACCCGAGCGCCCCCGGACCACAGCAGUACCGCCUGGAGGACAUGGCCAUGGCUCACCACUACAGAGACGCCUACAGACACGGCGAGCAUAGGGAGGCUCGCGAACGCCACCGACAGACAGCUGUUCAUGGAGCGCGUCAGGAGGAGGUCAUCGAUCACCGGCUCACCGACCGUGAGUGGGCUGAGGAGUGGAAGCACCUGGAUAACUUGCUGAACUGUAUAAUGGACAUGGUGGAAAAGACAAGGCGCUCUCUGACCGUGCUGCGCCGCUGCCAGGAGGCCGACCGCGAAGAGAUGAACCACUGGAUCCGGCGCUACAGCGACGUAGAGGAUAUGAAGAAAGACAUUCACCGAGACUUCCUUCAUCGGCCCCCGUCCGGCUACCUGCCUGAAGAGAUCUGGAGGAAGGCAGGUGCCCCCAGCAUCCCGCUCUCCCCAGCAAUAAAGCAACUGCACAACAAACAGGAGGAGGCAGUGAACGAGGUGAAGAGACAGGCCAUGUCUGAGCUGCAGAAAGCCGUUUCCGAUGCUGAGAGGAAAGCUCACGAGAUGAUCUCAGCCGAGCGCUCCAAGAUGGAAAGAGCGCUAGCGGAGGCUAAGAGACAGGCCUCCGAGGACGCGCUGUCCGUCAUCAACCAGCAAGAGGACUCCAGCGAGAGUUGUUGGAACUGCGGCCGCAAGGCAAGCGAGACGUGCAGCGGCUGUAACACGGCGCGGUACUGCGGCUCCUUCUGCCAGCACAAGGACUGGGAGAAACACCACCACGUGUGCGGCCAGACGCUGCAAGGGCUCCCGGGAGGCAGCAGCGUCCCUCUGGGAACUCCAUCCUCUUCGUCGUCCUCCUCUUCUUCUUCCUCUUCAUCCUCUUCCAGUGCUCCCCCCACACACUCCGAAAGCACCACUCCGGGCCCUCUGUCUCUGGUUGGCCAGGGCGGCGGAGGAGGAAGCCCUAAAGACAGCAGUUCCAGCUCCAGCAGCGUGUCGCGUUCCACCACCCCAGCCACACCUGCCCUUCUGGACUCCUCCUCCCGCUGACCUCUGACCCUUCCCCAGUCUGGUCAGGCUCCCUGCUACCGCUACCGCUGCUGCCGCUGCACCUGCACCCAAAAGAAGAAGAAGAAAGUAAUGUUCACCACACUUCCUCGCACUUCUUCCACAAGUUCCCCACUUCUUCUCGACUACCUGAAGCUCUCAUUUAACCCUAGCGCUAAUAUUUAUUAAAAAACUGAAGGGUUUGAUUUACCGUGGACGCAGUCAGCGACUUUAAGCGUGUCUUAUUUAAAAAUAAGGCUGCAAGAAAUGAAUGGCUUUAUGAAGAAUUUAAGCCCUGUAUAUAUAAUGGUCAACCCAGCAUGCAUGGAGGCAGUUCACACCUGAGACACUCCAUCCUCUUCUGCAGAGAGCAAUGCGACUUUUUUUUUUCUUCUUAAAUACAGGAGUAAGAGUUAGUUCCUUUUGCUGGUCUAGCACACACUUUUGCCCUUCUCUCCUGUCUCCUGUCUCCUGGGUUUGUUCAGAAGGGGACUCGACAGGCUUCCCCUCCCAUCCCAGCACUCCGUUCUUCAAACCAUGAACGAUCUUCUUUCACCGGUUUGUUUUUGGCUUUAACAAGAAAAUCCAAAAAUAAUAAUGAUAAUAAAUAAAUAAAUAAAUAAAAAAGAAUAAAGACCUGAUAACUACCUUGCUAGCGAGCCAAGAAAAACCUACGCCGGACUCACCUCUCUGUUCUGACGCGAACCCAAAUAAAUAAUAAAAAAAAAAACAUGAUCCAAACCUUUUUAAUACACUGCCAAAGUUUCACGGAGAAGCACUCGUCUUGUAACCAAACGCGAACGACGCAAAACCUCCUCAAACCCAAGUCUGGUUUCUGUGGAGAGGCAGCAAGGAAACAAAGGAACGAAUUCAAUCCCUGCCUCCCUCCUCUCACUGUGCCCCCCCCCCUUUUUUCUUUCCUUUUUCCUGGUUCAGUUACCCACAAUCCCCUGCUCCAACCCCAAGGAACACGUUAAAGUGACAUGUCAUCCGCCUCUGCUCAAAGCAAAAAGACAUAUAUAGGCGGAGAGAGAAAGAAAGCAAGGACGAGUGGACCAAACGAGACGUAUGGGAAUGAACGCGCUCUUGGCCUCAAAAGGAAAAUUGGCACUGCGAAUGCCAAAAAUAUAAUCCAACCUUCAAAAAAGAACCGAGAACGUCUGUGCGAGGAUCGCACUCCAAGGACGAGCCUUUUCAAGCAAUUCUCCGAUUUUGUUUUUUUCUUUUUCUAAAACUCUCCCAAUUUUACACCGAGCUGUAAUUUUCACUCUCUCUCUCUUUCUCUCUUUUCCAAAGCAUGAAGAGCAGACUGCUAAAAAAACAAACAAAAAAAAAAUCCAAAAAAAAAAAAAAAAGAACCUGUCUCAUAAAAAUCAGUGUGGACUUGAUUUCUCUUCUAUAUAUCUUUAUCUCUCUCUUUCUCUCCGUUUUUUUUUCUACCUCCUGCCUACCUGUCCUUUCGUCUCGUCCCUCUCUGAGCAGAUAUCUAAGAAGGGAUCAAUUGUGUAGAUACUGCUUUCUGGUUCUCUAUGUCUCUGUCUCUGAUGUCUACCUGUGCUGCCUGACUUUAUUUGUUCGUUUGCUUGUUUUAUUACCGUUCUUUCUUCGUCUUCUUUCGUUUAUCGGUUUGGGCCGGACAUGUAAAGACGUUCUGAGAAUGGAGAAAUCUGUAGAGUAGAAACUCCUCGUGUAUUUAUAUCGCUCGUGUCUCGAGACGGUGAGAGGACGGAGGUGCAAUAUGAGAAGAGAAUUCAGCUACUGAACGGAACCUCAGAAACCACCCUUAGGGUACCUUAUAAUAUAAAUCUACAUAUAAAUCUAUUUAAAAUAACAUCCGUAACUUAAUGUGAAUGUAUAUAGUAUUUAAAAGUAAGAGGUCCAAAAAAGAAAAAUGUGUUUGCCAAAUAACAAAGUAUAAUGUCUACAAAUACUUUCUCAGUUCUUUUCCUUUCCAAAUCAAAGCAAUUGUGAUUACUCCAUCAGACCCAUGCUUUUUCUUUCUUUUUCUUUUUUUUUGUCCCAUCAGUUUUACUCUGUAUAUUGUGUAAUCUAUAGAUGUAGAUGACAGUAAGUCCUGAUUUUGCCGAGUCUCAUGCUUUAAAAAGGACCGUGCUUAUGUUUAGCCAGUCACAAGCUGGAUUGACUGGAUGACAUCAUCGUUAUAAUUGACCUAACGUUACCUUUUUGACGUCUGGCAUUAAAGCAGCAGCUUGUACAUUUGCUGGCUCUGUGAAAUCAGGAGCACGUAGGUGAAACGGAGGAGGUGAAUGUCGGAGUUGAUCACCGCUACGCAUCACUGCUUGUAAAGUUUAUCGCCAGAGGGCUGAAAGCGAAACGCUACGAGACAUUCAAAGUGUGUGUUCGUGAACGCAGUUGUUAACCGUGAUGCAGUAGGCAGGCUUCCUAUGGAUUUCAGUGUAACUUUCUCACUGAGUCAGCCUCUAAAACUAAACCCCAAACCCGACACCAGAGUCAAGCUAACACUCCUUUAUUCGUUGUCUAUACUGCGGUACGUAGCUAUGUUUUUUUUUCCAUCCUGAUGCAGUCAUCAGCUUUCUCUCCAAACGAAUGUGGAAUCUUUUUAUUUGAUUAAUAAAGGGCCAUGUAAUGAUCUCACAAUGCGCCAAAUAAUAGAAAAUAAACUAAGUCCGUCACCUUGAAAGAAUUUGGUUUAAACGCGAGUCGGCUGGACAGGGCCGAAAACAUUUUGUGCACUCAGACGUCCUGUCCACGUGUCAUACCUCUAAUACGGACCAAACUUGAAGGUUUCCUGCUCAGUGUCCUAUUGUCCUAUUCGGUGCUUUUUUUUGUUGUUGUUUUCUUGAUGUCAGCUUCUUUAAUUUAAGCGCAGCGUUAAAUAUUGAACAAUCUAUUUUCUUGUUUCUAAAUUAAUAAUAUAUUAAGCCUUUCACCUUCUCCUAGCCUUUCACCUGUGUAUGAUGACGCUACGCAGUUCUACAGAGACACGUGACUUUCUCGUCCCCCCUGGUUGUUAAUCCUUGGCCUUGCGUCUCCUGAUUAGCUACCUCCUGUCCAAGAGAAUGAGAUCUACGUGUGCUCAGAGAGCCGUGCCACUAGCAGACAUGCAAACCAGCUGCCAUAUGAAGAAAUAAUCUGCAUUCAGCAUGCUUAUGUCAUUUUAAGGACAUUGUAAAGAGACAUUAGUUACUUUUUUUUAGACCAAACGGAGUGAAAGCCUAUGUUCACACAGCAGGGCAAAUCUAAACAUUAGCACCGUAUAUGCAGAUAGGAAUGAUUAAAUAUGUGUAAGGAGUGUUCAGGUCAAACCGGGACUUUUGAUCGCACAGAAUUAAUAUGUUUAUUACAAUCCUCUGCUUGGAUAACAUUGAGGUAAGAGGGUUUUCUGGCAUGAUCGGACUGCCUGCCCCACAUCUGAACCGCUGGCCUCACAGGAACUACUUUAAUCCCCCAAAAAUUAUGGAAAACCUUUUAAACCGAGGUAAGGACUGUACUGGGGAUUUGGCAAUAUCCAUCGAAGUUCAGGUUUGACUUGAAUGCCCCUCGUAGUUCAUAUUACAUCCAGUCUGACUGGAUUUUUAAAAAAAGAGUAAAGUGUGGCUUAAGGUUUGGAUCUGACCUGUUCUGUCUGCCUGAACAUAGCUCAGGUCAUGCAAUAUUUUAUAAACAGCUUUUUGAGUUUUAAUUAACCUUUCAGCAUACUCCCAUAGUUAUCCAAAAUAACAGACCAAAGCACCUCUGCAUGCUGGUUAAUCACAGCCUUUUGAACAUGAGCUAGUGUGAACUAAGGCCUCUAAACCAAAGUGUUAGAAAUAAACACACACUCCAAGCACGAGACAGAACACACAACACAACAGCCUGGUGCUGAAAAUACAAAGCUACAGCUAGGCGUGUGCCUAUAGUAUACAGCUAUAUUUCACUGUGUGCACUAAGGUCGGUCAGUGCAGACGGUAUCAUAGACAGUCAAGACAAAUUUGUAAUGAGGCAUAAAGAUAAAUGUGAAGAUUCAGUGUUAAUAAGUACAGGUAAGUGUGUCUGUUUUAUUAACAUAUAAGCCUUAUGAUAUUGUAAAGAAUGAUAAAAGCUUAUUCAGUUAUCACGAUAUUAUGAACAGACACACGUCUAGCAUCAGCCAACCUCACUGACUUGAGUGUGUGCUUGAGAGACAGAUAUCCAUGAUCUCACCGUACUUGAAUAUUUCAGAGCUUUAAUCCAUUAACACAAGCAGAAUAAAGCCAGAGGACCCACAUACACACCCAUAUAAACACAUACACACACACACACACACACAUAUAUCUCUCACUCCUACUCUAUGCUUUGCAUGUCUGCUUAGCCCACAUUUAGUUCAUAUGAAGUUCACCCUGUGCCAUUUUAUGAUCUCGUCUGGGUCCCGUUGUGUCUCCAACCAAAGUUGAACCAAAAAGGAAGAGCUUGAUGAUGGAUCUUCCACCAUUUGUAUGUCUAUAUAUCUGUGUUUUUCUGGGCACAGCAAGAGGCACGGCUUCUCUGAGCGGAUUUGUGCGGGGAUCGAGGCUAGGAGACAUUCCAGUCUAAAGAUUUCUGACCCGCAAAAAUGGAAACCAAACAUUAACACACCUUAAUCUAGAAGAUCACGUGAGCUCUGUAGGCAUAAAUCUCAAACAGUGAUACAUUUUACAUUGCAUAUAUAUUUAAAACGAGACAUUUGAUGAGUUUUUUUUUCUUCUACUUUAAUAAUGCCAUCCGUAAGGGUAUACAGUAGGUGGAAUGUUUUGCUAGGAAAAUGCAGAAGCUUUUCGGACUCUGUAGCAGAGGCCCUUAACCAGUGGACAUCCAUAGCUCAUCCUGUAAUAAUAUAAACCUUACACUAAAUGAGACUGAGAAUGCUAUUGUAAGCAAAGCCGGAGUGGACGCUUGAUCUCCCCAAUGCUAAAAUAGCUAGAGUUUUUUUCUUUUUUUUUUUUUUUGUAAAGAUACCUAAAGAUGAAGGCUUGGUUUGACAUGUUUAGGGAAGCAUUAUUUACUGUAUUGUGCAAUACAUUGGUACAGAAAAGAGAACGUUGUUUCUGUAGGAAAAGGUUGGUGUGAUGAAGAACUUUUUAUUUUUUUUGCUUCCUGUUAUCAGUCUCUAGAUGAAGUGAACUGUGCCAGGAGAAGUUUUGAUUUCUUUCUUGCAUGCUCUCCUCCUCCUUUUUGCUGGCCCCUCUACUCCUUUACUGUGCGCUUCGUUGGAUAUGUGACGCUGUAAAAAUUCUAAAUCAGGUUAUUGUCUGUGUUGAGAUAUGUAUCUGUGUAAUUAAAAAAGACAACGAAAUACGAUACCAA